UCGAGUUGAACACAUCUACUAGCAAUCUUAUAUAUUUUAUUUUAAACAACAAUCAUAUAUUUUUACGUUGUUUAUUAUAAUUUUUUUGAAAAAUUUUUACAACAGUUAGUUUAUUUUAAUUAAUUUUUUUUUGUUAAUUGUUGUGAAAAGUGAGUUAUAAUUAAAAAUGAGUUACGAAACAUUAAGUGUCAACGCACCAAUGGUCGUUGAAGAAACACAACAACCAAUUUCCCGUACAUAUCAAUAUCGUAAAGUGAUGAAACCAAUGUUGGAGCGAAAACGUCGUGCUCGUAUUAAUCGUUGUUUGGAUGAAUUAAAAGAAUUAAUGGUCACCGCUUUACAAUCCGAAGGGGAAAAUGUCUCAAAAUUGGAAAAAGCUGAUAUUUUGGAAUUAACUGUCAGACAUUUACAUAAAUUACGUCGUCAACAACGUUUAGCCGCAAAUCCAAUAAUUGAUGCUGAUCGUUUCCGUGCUGGUUUCACACAUUGUGCAAAUGAAGUGUCACGUUGUUUAGCCGCCACACCCGGUGUUGAUGUUCAAUUGGGUACACAAUUAAUGACACAUUUGGGACAUCGUUUAAAUGAAAUGGACAAGAAAACACCAUUACGUGUACAAAUUGGUGGUGUUUAUACUCCACCAGGCACACCAACACCACCAUCACAAGACAGUGGAAAUACAACAAUGAUUCCACAAAAUUAUGCUAUGCCAUUAACACCCGCAUCAUCAACAUCAUCACGUUUGGUACCAUCACCAACAAAUUCACCAAUUGAUUGUACGACAACUGGCCUUUUAAAAGUUGUCAGUCAACAAACGUUAAAAGAAGAAUCUGUUUGGCGGCCUUGGUAAAGAAAUCGAAAAUUGUGUAAAAAUAUCCAAUGUCUUCCAGAAAUGUCGAUCGUCUCACUACGAACGUCUUUCAAUUUUUGUAAAAAUUGCUCAAUGAUUUUUUUGAGAAUUUAAACUAAAUUUUAAUUUUUUAUUUUUUGAUCUCUAUAUUUUAAUUUUAAUUC